CCAAAACGACUUCGUCCCAUAAUGCCUCCUGCUGUAAUGACUAUAAUAUCACUGCAAAUAUGAGAGCGAAAUAGGGAACAGAGCUCAACGUCAUCAGUUCUUAUCCCUGCCACCGGAAUGUCGCCGGUGAUUCCGCCGGCGUCGAUAUCUGCAACUUAAGAUUCGGCCUAUGGAUCGAGCUAUUCGUUAGUCAUUGUGAUAAUGUCGGGCUUAGGUUCCAGCAAACAGGCGAAGAAGGCGCGUGACCUAAAGCAUCGUGUCCUCGUUUGCCUCUACAAGCUCUCCGAUAGAGAUACUCACUCUGCGGCUGCAUCGGAGCUCGAAUCGAUCGCCAGGACCAUUAAUGGAGAUUCUAUUCCGUUUUUCAUCUCGUCUAUCGUAGCCACCGACUCUUCCGACAAAUCGCCGGUUCGUCGGCAGUGCCUCCGCCUGAUAUGCGUUCUCUCGGAGCAACAUGGGAACUCUCUCUCCCCGUACCUGUCGAAGCUCCUGUCCGCCGUCGUCCGCCGCCUCCGUGACGCCAACUCUUCUGUCCGCGCCGCCUGCGUGACUGCGUCGUUGGCGCUUUCUUCUCAUAUAACCUCUUCUUCAUUCACCACCAUAAGCAAACCGUUUCUAGAAUCUCUCUUUGUUGAGCAGGACUCCAACACCCAAUCCGGAGCGGCCUUGUGCCUGGCGGCGAUAAUUGAAGGAUCGAAAAGUCCUGAUGCGGCGAGCUUGAGAAGACUGCUGCCAAAGCUCGAGAAAUUGGCAAAAUCCGAGAGUUUCAAAGCGAAGGCAGCGUUAUUGACGCUGAUAAGAACUAUUGUGGAAGUGAAAGGAGUGUUAAUCGACGGUGCGAAGAAUGUAGUUAGGAAUCUGAUCGUAUUGUUGGUCGGCUUCUUAAUAAGCGAAGAUUGGGCGGCGAGGAAAGCUGCGGCGGAGGCGCUGAUGAAGAUCGCUGCCAUGGAGAGACACUCUCUGUCGGAGUACAAGAUCCCAUGCUUGAAGAAGUUUGAGGCAAAGAGAUUUGACAAAGUGAAGGCAACGAGAGAAAUGAUGAAUCAGAUGAUAGAGGCAUGGAAGGAGAUUCCAGAUCUGCCUGAUGAUAAGGCUUCAUCACCACUACCUGAAUUAGAGGCCUCACAUGAAGAAAAUUGCAGUGAAAGCCAUAACCAACCUGAUUCUAAAGCUUUCUCUUCUGUCGGGUCCGCUACACUUCGUGCAAAGAUGAGAAGCCUCGUAGACAACACCGCUGCUAGGAAACUGUUUGCUAAUGGCUCUCCGGCUUCCAUUUCUAGAAGCAGAAGUUCACGGUACCAUGAAAACAACAAGAAAGCCAGGGCAAUGUUCCAGAAGUUGGAUAACAAGAAGCCUGUAGACUUGAAAGUUGAAGUAGUAACUCCAAGCAGUUCUUGUGGUGUUCUUGUCUGUGAUGAUAACCCCUCAAAUAAAGAUGACGACAAUGUCGAACAAACCAGAAAACCAGAGAUCAAAUGUGAUAACAAUGGGAAUCUGAAUCUGGGCUUGUUUAGAGGAAGUAGCUCUCGACUCCCUCUCUGUAGCGACGCUAGUGUUAUUGAUUGUGAAGAGCUGUCUCAGAUCCGGGAGCAACUUCUUCAAAUUGAAAACCAACAAUCGAAUCUAUUUGACCUCCUUCAGAGGUUUAUAGGGAGUUCACAGAAUAGCAUGCAUUCCCUUGAGGCACGUGUUCAUGGUCUCGAACUCGCACUGGAUGAUAUAUCAUUCGAUUUAGGUGUUUCAACCGGAAGGCUAUCGCCAAAUGUGGCAUCAGGAUCUCUGUGUUGCAGGCUACUCGAUACAGAGUUCUUGAGCUCAAAGCUAUGGAGGAAGUCAGAAUCUCUUUCAACUCCCCGACCAUCUGCAGCUGCCAUCAGCGGUCUCCAUUACAAAAAUGGUGCUGGCCAUGAAAAUCAUCGGAGGCAUGGGCUCCAAGGCAGUCGUGGCAGUAUACUGAAUCCACUGGCUAAGGUCUCCGGUCACCCCUUUGGAUCACCGGAAGUUUCCUCUAGCGCCAUUGCGACUACUAUUACUAUUUGAUCAUUUAUUCGAGAAUGUCUGGAACAUGAACAGCAGCAAAGCUUCAAUGUAGUUUGAGCUUUAUUUCGGGUACAUACUUGUUCACUCAAACCAAAAAUCAAGGUCAGUGAACGACUUUAAUAUGAUAUUCUGUUUGUAUUGUCUUAAUCCUCGCACAAAAAUCAGUAAAGAUUAGCGACGUAGGAAAAGAUAUAUAUAUAUAUCUUAGCAUGAGUAUGGAAUGCAUAUGGUUCAAGAAACUAUAGAUAUGUUCCAAUUCAAAGGCAUUCUGUUUUUCUGUAUUAACAUUUCUGUCGACUCUCGGAUUAUUUGAUGCCGUUGAAGUUAUGUGUGUGAGACUAAAUACAAGAGAGAGGACCACACAUGAAAUUUCGAUUU